AGAAGAAGAAGAAGAAAACAGUAUCCGGACUGUUUUGUUGCCCAUGUAGCUGGCAAGGAAGUAAAUAUAAAAGACAGGUAAUUUUUUUUAAAAGUGUAACAUCAGAAUGGAAAGAACACGACCCCGGCGCUGGAUCUCACUUUGAGGGGACAUUAUGUUCCUGGUGCCUGCCACAGCUGUAGAUCGACCCGUUUGAAAGAACGUCACCUCCGCUGUCGUCAUGGGAACGUCGAUGAGUGAGCCGUGUAUCUACGACAAACUGUCGGAGAGCAUCGACAUCCUCCGACAGUCGGGCUACCGCUACGGCAUGUCGGAGCGGGAGAUCGAGAGGUUCAUCAAGCAGGUCCUGGAGACCAACGAGCCCAGGAGAGAGCCGCCGCAGUUCCCCAUCAUAAGAGCCACCAUAAAGUUUGUGGUUGCUGUGGGUUUCCUGCUGAUUGUGGUGCUGGCCUUCACGUACCCCCAGAGCACCCCCCAGCUGGGUCUGGUCCACCUGGGCUGCUAUAACUGGUCGUCCCCCCUCAGUCACGUCCGACUGCUGUCCCUCCCCAUCGCCAAGAAGUACAAUCUGCAAGGUUUUCAUGAAUGGUGGAGCGUCGGCUCUCUCAGGCAGAAUCUGGUGAACUGUUCGGGCUGUGCAGAGAUCUCCUCGGUGAUGCAGGUCCCAGAGAGCCUCAGAGGGACCGUGACUCUGAGACGAGGGCCACAACUCGUCCUGCUGAAGGGCGGGGAGGCCCUCAGUGUCCAGCGGCAGCAGCUGGAGGAGCUCUAUUUGGCUCAUUCAGGCUCCAUGUCUGUUCUACUGGAGGAGGACGACGGGCUGCAGAACCUCAACCUCGGCCUCCCACAAGGACCCGCCAACUUCACCCUCUUCUGGCGGUUCAGCUCUGGGACCAGGGAGAAGGUAUUGAGGUGGCUCUUCCCAAAGGCUGAGCUCUGCCCCCUGCUGGACAGUGCUGGAACCAUCGUGCAGCGCUGCCUGGUCACACACAGCACAAACUCCCAGAGCAAGGGCGUUGGCGUGUUUGGCUGGCUGGUGGUGGGUGAGGGGUUGCCCACAGUUCGAGUUCUUCCCGUUCAUCGCUGUCAGAAACACUGCAGCUCCUUCAACCUGUGGCUGACACCUGGAGACAUGGGUCUAUGGCAUGUCAAAUGAAUGAUUCUCACAGAUAACUCCUCCCAAACUCGCUCGAGGUAAAUUAUCCGGGUAAUAAUCCUGCUGUGUUCUCACAUCAGCUCACUCGGACUUGAUGCAGAAAAAAUACUCGGUGGUCUGGCAGGAGAACCUCCGGAUAAAGUUUGAGUGAAAACUUUCUCCAAUUAUUGUUUUUUUUUCUUAAUAAUUGAAGUAAACGAGACCAAUCAGCUGAUGAAUGUGAAUACUCUGUGAUCUGAAACCACAGAUUAAAUUCACAGCAGCAUUUCUAGCAGAAUAGUUUCUCUUUCAGGCUUCACACAAAGCAGACAGUGUUCAAAUUUACCUGAAUAUUCUUAUCUGCGUUUACACGUCGGCUCACCACGACUUCAAGCAGAAGUGAGAAGAAGAGGAGGCUGGCAAAGUCAGGUCGAAAAUGUCAGCCUUUUGCGUCCCUACAUGCGGCUCAGCCAGAAAAUGUUGGUGAAUUUGUAGGCUGUGUUUUGUGCAUGUGGGUGACAUUGUUUCCUUUUGAUUUUUGCCCUCCGCAGUGUACGCUGACCCUCGCUACUGGCAGAUGGAGCUGUUCCCCGGCCGCGGUCAGAACAUCAUCUGUGACGGCUCAGCCUUUUAAACCUUCAGGUGCAGCCAAGUGAAGGACGACAGAGUUCAGGACUGAGGUCUGACUAAAUGUGUGACUUCCUGCUGCGGCGUUUGUCAGAGCUAGUUGCUCGUUUUGUGGCCCCGCCCACAGAUGCCUUAUAACCCCGUCUGAUAAACGAGAACUAUCUGAGAAGUGGAAACCUCUUCACACAGUUUGGACAAAAGGAAAUCUGCAGGUUUGAAGGGUGGAAGUGUGAGGAACUUUUUCCACUUUGUCUUCAUCCAAGCAUCACCUGGCUUUAAACUCUGCAGUGUUCACAUGCUCGGGAUGUUCUGUGCUCGUGCCAUAGCAAGCGGAUUUAAGCAAUUAAAAUAUAUAUAUAUAUAUAUAUAUAUGUAGACUGUUUCUCUUUCAGAAGGUUGUGAAUCACUGCUGAUUUUCUUUUAGACUCAUGAAUCAUUUUUGAUUCGUUCUGAUGUUGGGUUCAUGAGGGAUGUUUCUUUAGAAUAAUUUCUCGGAUUAAACAGAUUAAAUUCAGACUAGUCGAAUAGUCUCACACAUUAUUUAUUUAACACGGCUUAACACUGGCCAAAAUCAUACUGUGACAAAUCGCUAUUUGAAAAAAUUGACGGCUGAUUAAAAUCACACCGAAACGUUGUAAUGUGUAUUACUCUGUGUUCAAAUGAGUGUGGCUAACAUUAGCAGUGCUAGCACCGCCAGCCUCCGGUCCUCCUUGCAUGUUAACGUCUACACGCCUGUGCUAAAUAUGGUUACACAUCGCUCCGGUUGAGGGUUUUAAAUGACAGUUUUUCCUGCCCUGCUCCUACGAGAUUCCAUCCGUUCACUGUGCUGGUUUACAUCCGGGCAGUAGAGCAGGGAGAGCAGGCCCUUUAACUGGAGCUACAGCCCCAUCUAGUGGUGGGAGACAGCAUUACAGCUUAGACACAACAUUUAACCAGCAUUGUGCGCCUACACUUAUAAAAGAUAUAAUAAAUAGUUUAACUGACUAGUGGCCAUGUUUAGAUUAAAUCAUUAAUCCGACUAACCUUGAACAUCUCUAGAGUUCAUCCUCUGGCUCCCUCGGUUAUCAGUCAGUCAGAGAUUAAAAGAUGUGACAGAGUAGACGUCGAUCAAUCGUAGUCUGUGUUGUUGAUGCACAAACAGAUUCCACAUCAUUACAUCACUCUUUUGUUAGCUUGUCAUCGAUACUCAGACUGGCGACACUCACUACAACACUGUAUCCAUACUUUAACACUUUUCAAUACCACAUGUUUAAAAAUGAUCUCUAUUUUCAUGAUCAGUAGUAUCAAAAAGCACCCAAACUUACACAAACAGGUCACUGUCUGAGUCGCACAAAUACACUGGCUAUUUAUUGGUACAAUUUAAACCGUGUGCAGGAGUUCGCCUGCUAUUUUUGGUAACGAGAAACCGCAAAUUGGGGAACUAGGACUUUGAUUUUUGCCAUUGCGGUGUCGAAACAGGUAUCGAAAUGGUCUGACAUUUGCAGAAAUUGAGCAAAUAUUGAGUAAACGGUUGAUUAAUAUCUUCAGCUGUGUAAAGACCUGCAGCUUUCAGUGAGCAUACUUCCUGUUUGCAGUGCAUCCGGGGAACUCUCUGUUCAAUGGGACUUCCUGAUUGUUGCUACCUGCUGCUUCUACAUUUCCUGCUCUUCAUCUUUAUGUUCAAGGUCCAGUUCACUCAAAACUCAACCCACAUUAAACAUACUCAGCGUUUUCUGUGGAUAAUUAAGGGUUAAUCGAUAAAGGCUUGUUGAUACGAGUUCAUUUUAUUACAACUAUCUUAUCGACGUCGGGGGCAAAAAUCUCUGAGGCUAAAAUCGUAAAACCUCCACAUGUUAAACUAAAACGAUGUGACUGAAAAGAUCAGAUAAAUCCUUCAAAGAGAAUUUGUAUUUUUUUGUUUUUCGGGUGAACUGAGCCUUUAACCACCAGCAUCAGCAAACAUCUGACUUUAUUUUUCAUCCUUCAUGUUCAUCCGAUGUUUCCUUUAUUGUUCUUUAACUGAUCUAAUGACAAAGCUGCUUCUCUCAUUUCAGUGUCUUUAUUUAUUGUUAUGAUUGUAUGUAUAUAUGUUCAAGCCAUGAAUUUUAAUAAUAAUAAUAAUAAUAAUAAUGUGUUGUAAUAUUAUUAUUCUUGGAUGAGCUGUCAUUUCCUGUACAGAUUAAUUCUCUGUGAAGCAGUCGAGGGUUGAUUUUGUGGGUCUGUAGAGAAUUAUAUUGAAUACGUUUGCCAAAGUUUCUCUGAUUUAAAGAUGAUCUACAUCUUUUUGUUUAAGCGUCCCAAAAAAAAAAA